UUAGGGGUGUGCAUCACGUGCAUCGUGAACCUACUUGAUUAUGUAAGCGUGUUCCCAAAUAAUCCCCUACAGCGCCAACGUCAACGGCACAACUGCUUGUCCAGUGCCCUCCAACUCUACAACCUUUCUCGAGCCCAAUCAUGGAAGACGGUACGGACAUCGCCUUCGCCUCUUCGCCUUCAGUAUCAGCACUUCAGUAAUUACCGCCUGCGCUCUUUUCACCUACGACGUCUGUUUGUGGCGCUCUCCUUCCCACCUCGUAGUGUGCUUCAUACGCUGCAGUGGUUGUGUUGCGGACAAUUGGACGACGUGUAAACUGCAUCGCCUCGCCUGGCUCGCGGCGUCACUUUCAUGUUCGACGAGACGCAGUCACCCAAAACAGCUGCUGCAUAUGCUCUGCGGAUGCAGCGCGGCGCUUUGGUCGGCACUGUCUUUCAUGUUUUCCUGGCUUUCUUCGACUUUACUAAGAUAUGAUACGAUACUCCGACUCGUUUUCUCUCACUUGCGCCUACGACCACCCACUUCUUCACCAUUCCGCGGAUCUUAUGUCAAUAACGCCCUACUCACACCUGCCUACAGCCUGGCAGUCGCAAGAUUCCGCUACGACUGGGAUCCACUUUCCCGCUGAGACGCCGCUUGCCGAUAGCGGUGAAACGUGGGGUGCCAACGGCCGGGACCGUGAUAGUCGUGAUGAACGCGACGGACGGCGCGGUCGCAGUCGCAGUCGCAGCCCUGCGCGCGAGAGCGCUGGACAGAACCCGGGCAACAACCUUCACGUGUCUGGUCUUAGCCACCGACUCGAGACCCGCGAUUUGGAAGCUGCGUUCGCCAAGAUUGGUCGCGUUCAAAAGGCGUCGAUUAUGUACGACCCUCACACCCGUGAUUCGCGCGGCUUUGGAUUUGUGACAAUGGAGACUCCGGAGGAAGCUGAUGCUGCGAUCGCGUCAUUGAACGGAACUGAGCUCGCGGGGAAGACUCUCAAUAUCCAGAAGGCUCGUCGCGGUCGUGCUCGCACGCCGACUCCGGGUCGUUACUAUGGCCCUCCCAAAAGAGACGAUGAGCGCCCGUACGACCCUCGGCCAUACGACUCUCGGUACAGUCGGGAUAAUGACGACCGCCGUCGCGGAGGCCGCUAUGACGAUCAUCGUGACAGACGUGACUACGACAGACGCGACUACGACCGUAGAGACGACUAUCGUGGGCGCGACUAUGAUCGCGAUGACAGAGACCGUAGGAGCCGCUAUGAUGAUCGCCGCUACUAAAUACUCCCUCGACCAUAUUUUGUUCUCCGCUGCUUGGGCGUUUUAAUUCUAAUAUGAUUCGCGUCUGUCUGA